AUGGAGCAAGCAUGCGAGGACCUAGACCAAAUGUUCAGCAAUUUAUUGGGAGAAAUGGAUUUGCUGACACAGAGUUUAGAAGUCGAAAUUGGCCCACCUCCAUCUGCCAAAACAUCUAAUAAUGAAUUUAAUUUUGUGGUUGGUUUUAAGGAUUUAAAUGAAUCCUUAAAUACCCUGGAAGAUACUGAUUUGGACGCUUUAAUGGCUGAUCUUGUAGCAGACAUCAGUGAAGUAGAAAAGAAGACCACUUCCCAAGAACAGAAGGAUGCUUCUCACUAUCAGCAAACUGCUGGGACUCAGCCUGCAGCAAAUGCCUCUGCCACUUACAACUCUCACUUGUACGUCACUGUGGAGAAUGACUUGCCGCCUCCCCCUGCAGACCUAGCCGUUGGCCCUCCACUGCCACCACAACGGGCACCACUUCCUGAUAAAAUGCUCACACAGGAAGAACAAGAGGCACAAGCAAAAGCAGACAAGAUUAGACUUGCAUUAGAAAAACUGAAGGAAGCCAAGGUUAAAAAGCUUGUUGUCAAGGUGCACAUGAAAGAUAACAGCACAAAGUCACUGAUGGUGGAUGAACGGCAAACGGCACGCAACGUCUUGGAUAAUCUCUUUGAAAAAACCCACUGUGACUGCAGGGUGGACUGGUGCCUUUAUGAAAUAUACACAGAGCUACAAAUUGAAAGAUUUUUUGAAGAUCAUGAAAACGUAAUUGAGAUCUUAUCAGACUGGACUCGGGACAGUGAAAACAAAAUUCUGUUUUUGGACAAAAGUGAAAAAUAUGCUGUGUUUAAAAAUCCUCAGAAUUUCUACUUGGCAAACAAAGGGAAAAAUGAAAGCAAAAAGAUGAAUGAGAAAAGCAAAGAAGCUUUGCUGGAGGAAAGCUUCUGUGGCACAUCUGUCAUUGUGCCAGAACUUGAAGGGGCUCUUUAUUUAAAAGAAGAUGGAAAGAAGUCCUGGAAGAGACGUUAUUUUCUUCUGCGAGCUUCUGGAAUUUAUUAUGUACCCAAAGGAAAGACCAAGACGUCUCGGGAUUUGGCUUGCUUCAUACAGUUUGAGAACCUAAAUGUCUAUUAUGGCGUCCAGUUCAAAGUGAAAUAUAAGGCACCGACAGAUCACUGCUUUGUCUUAAAGCACCCUCAGAUACAGAAAGAAUCGCAGUAUAUCAAAUACUUGUGCUGUGAUGACAAGCAGACCCUGCAUCAGUGGGUAACUGGUAUAAGAAUUGCCAAGUAUGGCAAGACACUGUAUGAUAACUACAAAUGUGCACUGCAGAGAGCUGGCUUAGCAUCUCGAUGGGGAAAGCUGGGGAAUGCUGAACCCACAAUUGCUGCCGGAUCAUCUCCAAAAGGUAGGACUCGUGCAAAUGGACAGAUACCCCAAGCCACAGCCAUCACAACUGCUGAUUCUUCACAGACUGGAAAACCUACUGACGUGCCAAAGGCCAAUAAAUCAGACAGCAUCAGCAACUCCGCUCCAGUGCCCCUGCCUACGACACCACAACUGAAGCACCAUCGUAAACCUGCAGGGAUGCAGCCGCCCCGCCCUCCUGAAAGACGGUCUUCUGCCAUUACGACUUCAUUGUUGAUGCCUGCAAGGACAGAGCGAGCGAGCAUGGCUUUCACAACAGACCCAGCAGAAUUUCCACCACCCCCUGAACUGAUACCUCCACCCCCUGAAUUGGUGGACUUGCCACCGCCCCCUCCUGACUUCUACGAAGCUCCUCCUGAUUUUGUGCCCCCGCCACCCCCUUCUUCUGCUAAUGGUAACCCAGAACUACCUCUCCCUCCUCCCCCCUCAGUCUCUGCCCCCGCCCUCCCCCCUCCGGUCCGAAAGAAGAUUGUUCCUCCCCCUCCCCCUCCUAAAAGACAAGAAGGCAGCAGAGGCCAGGCAGAAGAAGCCAAACCAAGUGAGCCACAACCCACUUGGGAUUCAACUGGACAAGGGGAUCUCAUGUCCGACUUAAUGAAAGUGUUGCAAAAAAAGAGGGGCGAGACCUCGUGAAGCAAACAGGUCUAAAUACUGGGGCACGGUUUUAGUUGAGAGACAGCUCUUGGAGUGAGUGGUCUGGAGGAAAGAGACCAGAGGACUUCCUGGAGGUCCAAAGGAGUAUAGACAGAGUCAAUCAUUCCAGCACAUCCUGAAGCAAUCUGUAUCCCUACCCUGAAGACUUGUUUUGACAGCAGUUUCCCUCCUUGUUCAAUACAGUAACACACAACUUGAAGCACAAAAAAGCAGCCAGAGAACACGCAGAUUCCAGAACAGUCAUCCUGGUAGACAGUAGCGACAAAAAUUGCCAAAGAGAUGCAGCGGGAAGGCUAUCUAAUUUAUUGCAGGCAGAAGCUUCCUUCCCCGCUUUCCCUAGUAAUGCCAUAUCCUAGCCCUGCAGAAGGCCUGCCUGGUUGGUGGACGAGCAAAGCAGUCUGCAGAAACAAGCCCUGCUUUUUGAAAGUUUCAGCUGUUCUCUCUCUCUGAAAUGAGAGGUCAGGUCUAGCAUCAGCUUGGUAUACUCAGGCAGCUGCCGAAGGCCCUUUGUCCCAGGAGGACUCCAGUGGAGUAGCAGCAAGGAAAAGGCCCCUUGACGGAUCAGACCCACCCGUUUGCCUCACGUGGCCUGUUCUGUCUCCCUCCCCCGCCCCCACUGCGUCUGGAGUGAGAGGGCAGGCUGGGCCAAGCAUCGGCCUCUUGUCUUUUCUGCCAGCCACCUACUACUGAGUGAGUUAACCUGCCAUGGUCGGGAAAGGGAGGAAUUACUUGCUGCUGCUGCUGCUAGCCACUUGGCCAGGAGAGCAAAUGGGCACAUGGCAGGGAGCAAAAGCUGACACUUACCACAUCUGGCACAGUUCUGCAGCUGUUCAUGAUCUCCCCCGGCCACUCAGCUUGCUCUCAGCAGAAAGUAGGAAAAUGCCCCACAAGCCUUGCUGCAGAGCUCUGAGAUAAUCCUGCUUCCUGCACUGAGGACUUCUUUCCCAGGCACUGUUCC